CCAUGCCCGGGCGCGAUUGCCACCCCCUCCCUUUUCCCCCACUCGCUUGCACUCACACUGUACUUAUCUAUCCGGGCCCAAGCUCGCUUUCGUCACGCGUUCGUGGCGCUUACGUCAUUAUGAUGCGACUGCUUGAAUCACAACAGGAAGCGAAGCGUUGUCUCCUCGGAACAAUGGAGCCCAUCGAGAUGUUGCGUUUGUUGCUUUCACUUUUUAAUCGUUUGGGUCGCGGGGAUACACAGCCUUGUCCUAUGUCAAACACUGUGAUUUGUCGAUCUAUCGCGUAUGCCGCUCAGACAUUUAAACGUAACCGUGCUGCGCGCAUCAGAAGAUUUGCAAGGAGGCAAAUGAAGCUGAGGGAAGAGUUUGCUGCUUUACUAACCGAGUACAAUUCCCGUUCAUCAACAAGGACCAUCUGGAUGCAGCAGAGAUAUGGUGUGUGGUGGGAACACGUUCUCACAAGCUGGACGGACACUGAAUGGAGGAUCAAUUUCAGAAUGAGAAAGACAACGUUCUUGGAAUUGUGCAACAUCCUUCGGCCAUACCUUCAUAGAGAAACAACAACUUUCAGGAAACCAGUGCCGGUGGAACAGCGUGUGGCGAUCAGCAUCUGGAGACUAGCCACAAACGUAGAGUUCAGGACCAUAGCCCAUUUAUUUGCAAUUGGACAGUCAACUGCUGUUACUAUUGCUAAUCAUGUUGCAUCAGUAAUAGUGGACAAGUUGCUGCCCCUUUAUAUCCGGACACCCUCAGUGGAUGAAGUGCAGAUCAUAAUUCAGGGCUUCCGUGACCGGUGGGGAUUCCCGCAAUGUGGAGGUGCUAUUGAUGGUACUCAUAUUGGGAUCUUGGCUCCACCUGACUGCCCUGCAGACUAUUACAAUCGUAAGGGUUUUUACUCUGUCAUCCUGCAGGGUGUGGUUGACCAUCAACUUCGGUUUUGGGACAUAAAUGUGGGUUGGCCGGGCAAAGUCCAUGAUGCACGAGUGUUUGGCAAUUCAUCACUGUUUGAAAGGGGUCAGAGUGAUACACUGUUUCCUGAUAUCAAAGAAAGGUUUGCUGGUGUAGACGUACCAAUUGUCAUUUUAGGGGAUGCAGCAUAUCCGUUGUUGCCAUGGUUAAUGAAGCCAUAUCCAGAAACACAACAAACAACCCCUGCACAGAUAACCUUUAACAACCGACUAAGCAGAGCACGGAUGACUGUUGAGAGGGCAUUCUGUCUUCUUAAGGGAAGAUGGAGAUGUUUAAUGAAGCGCUAUGACUGCCAAAUUGAUAACAUCAAUACCAUAAUCUCUGCUUGUUGUGUGCUUCACAAUUUUUGUGAAAGUAAUGAUGAGGAAUAUGAUGACAGAGACCUUCGUGUUCAUGAAGAUUUUGAGUCUCGUGAAUGUAACCCUCUUAAUUCCAACACUAUCGAGAUGCACUAUGGUCAUAUUUUGCAAAUCUGUAAUGCUUUUUGA